UAUUUAAGACUGGAAGAGUCAGAGGGAGCGGAGGGCAAUAUGAGUGGGGGCACCAGCACCUGCUCAGGCCCUGGAGAGGCCUCAGACCUUAAGUUUCCUGUGGGCACCAGGCUCAGGGAACCUCUCACCGAAGCUCGGUUCCAGCAGAUUUUCGGGGUCGCAGCGCAGGAGCCGGAGCUACCAGCGGAGUCUCGUGUGCCACGGCUGUGCAGGCUGUGGAGGCGGCGGGUGCGCGCCUGCUCAGGGGCGGGGGCAUGGCGCCUGCUACUGGCCAGGCUGCCCCCGCUGCGCUGGCUGCCUCACUACCGCUGGCGGGCCUGGCUGCUUGGAGAUGCGGUAGCCGGCGUGACCGUGGGCGUCGUGCACGUGCCCCAGGGCAUGGCGUUUGCUCUCCUGACCUCUGUACCUCCGGUGUUCGGACUCUACACUUCUUUCUUUCCUGUCCUCCUCUACAGCUUGCUGGGCACUGGGAGACACCUUUCCACAGGCACUUUCGCGGUUCUCAGCCUCAUGACUGGCUCGGCCGUCGAGCGACUGGUGCCCGAACCCCUCACCGGGAACCUGAGCAGAAUCGAGAGGGAGCAGUUGGAUGCUCAGCGGGUCGGGGUGGCCGCGGCCAUGGCCUUCGGGAGCGGGGCGCUGAUGCUGGUGAUGUUCGCGCUGCAGCUCGGGGCCCUGUCCACCUUUUUGUCCGAGCCCGUGGUCAAGGCGUUGACCAGCGGGGCCGCGCUGCACGUGCUCGUGUCCCAGCUACCCAGCCUUUUGGGGCUGUCUCUCCCGCGCCAGAUGGGCUGCUUCUCUCUCUUCAAGGUGGGGACACUGGCUGCGGUGGUUACGGCGCUGCCCCGGGGCAGUCCGGCGGAACUGAUCAUCUCCGCGCUCAGUCUGGCGCUGCUCGUGCCGGUUAAGGAACUGAACGUCAGGUUCCGAGACAGACUACCCGCCCCGAUCCCAGGGGAAGUCGUCAUGGUGCUUCUGGCUUCUGUGCUCUGCUUUACCUCUUCCCUGGACACAAGAUACAAUGUCCAGAUAGUGGGACUGUUGCCUGGAGGAUUUCCCCAGCCACUUCUCCCCAACCUGGCUGAGCUGCCCAGGAUUCUGGUGGACUCAGUGCCCAUCGCACUGGUUACUUUUGCUGUGUCUGCCUCACUGGCCUCCAUCUACGCAGACAAGUAUAACUACAGUAUUGACCCCAACCAGGAGCUCUUGGCCCAUGGUGUAUCCAACGUCAUUUCCUCCCUCUUCUCUUGCUUCCCUAACUCCGCCACACUGGCCACGACCAGCCUACUAGUGGAUGCUGGUGGGAAUACUCAGUUGGCCGGCCUCUUCUCCUGCAUAGUGGUCCUGUCAGUGCUGUUGUGGCUGGGACCCUUCUUCUACUAUCUGCCCAAGGCUGUCCUGGCUUGCAUCAACAUCUCCAGCAUGCGGCAGAUGUUCUUCCAGAUGCAGGAACUUCCACAGCUGUGGCACAUCAGCCGAGUGGACUUUGCUGUGUGGAUGGUCACAUGGGUGGCUGUUGUGACCCUGAAUGUGGACCUGGGCCUGGCCGUAGGCGUGGUCUUCUCCAUGAUGAUGGUAGUCUGCCGCACCCAGAGGGUGAAGUGCCUGGCACUUGGACUGGCUGAAGGGACUGAGCUGUACAGGCCACUCAGAGACGGCCACAAGCUCCUCCAGGUCCCAGGUCUCUGCAUCCUGAGCUACCCAACACCGCUCUACUUUGGGACGCGUGGUCAGUUCCGACACAUCUUGGAGUGGCAUCUGGGGCUUAGGGGAGGCAAGCAGUCUCCAAAGCCAGAUGGCCUACCUAACACAGUUGGUGAGCCUGUCAGAGUGGUGAUCCUAGACUUCAGUGGUGUCACCUUUGCAGAUGCUGCUGGGGCCAGGGAAGUAGCACAGCUAGCCAGCCGAUGCCAAGAUGCUGGGAUCUACCUUCUCCUAGCUCAAUGUAAUGCCUCAGUACUGGAGACACUGACCCGGGCAGGACUCCUGGACAGAGUGACUCCAGAUCAGUUGUUUGUGAGUGUCCAGGAUGCAGCUGCACAUGCUCUGGCAAAACUGGAGUGUACUGGCCCAAAGAUCUGCACAGUGUGGGUCUGACCAGAUCACCACGGGAUGUGGAGGGUUCCAGCAAUGUGUGUGAAAAGGACCAUGGUCCCUGAGCCUGCUUAGUGUAACUAAUAAAACAAAGCUGAGAGCCUCUGGGGUCCAUGAAGUGGGUCUGGGUGUCUGCAUGUGGACCCCAGUGCCCCUCCCUCUGUGCACAGCAUGAGAGACACAAAUAAAAAUGGCUUUUACCAUGUGUUCA